AUGAUGAACGAAAGUGAUUACCUAACCGCUCUGGCGGCGAUCGCUGUUGAGGAUGAGCGACUUCAGCCGGAUUGGGCCUAUCUUGCCUUGGCCAUCGUUCCAUUGUUUUGCAUCCUUGGCAACUGUAUGGUUGUGGCGGCGGUUUGGACAACGAGAAGUCUUCAAACACCGACGAAUCAUCUUCUGGUUUCAUUGGCAAUGGCUGAUCUCAUUGUCGGCGCUUUUGUCAUGCCAUUCAGCAUCUACCUUUCGAUCAACGGUCUUCAUUGGCAUCUCCCGCUGUUCGUUUGUCAUUUCUAUUGUGUUCUGGAUGUGGCUGCAAGUACAUCGUCAAUUAUACACUUGGUACUUAUAAGCAUUGACCGAUUUGUGGCUGCUACUAAGCCAGCGGAGUACAAAAUGAUCAAGCACCGUAGACGUGUCUAUAUGGCGAUUGCGAUUACCUGGAUUUUCAGCAUUGGGCUCUCACUUCCUUUAGGAACUGGAUUCAACACUCGAACUCGCCAUUUCCUUCUAAUUGAACAUCAUUGUGGAAUCUAUAACCCGAUCUACAUGCUUGGUAGCAGCAUUUUCGCAUUCUAUCUUCCAUGUUUUAUUAUGAUUAUCACCUAUGGCUACAUUUUCUACACAUUGCGGAAGAGAUUGCGAGCCAUCCAACUGCAGGAAAUGGCCGGAGGUCAAUUUUUGGGAUUCGGCGCGGAUGUCGGUAACAUCACAACGUCUGCAAUCCAAUCAGUUAUUGGAAUCGCUCCGAAGAAUCGCAAUAUGAUCACAUGGGAGAAACCAUUAUUGCGAAAAAUUGAGGAAACUGCAGCAGAGCACGCGAGCUCCCUCAACGAUAGUGAGCGCGAGCAGCUCCAAACCAUUCUCGAAGCCGUUCAUCCAUCGUCAACUGGAAGCCAAGAGAAUACCACAAUUGAAGAGGAUCCCGAUCGUCCUCCAUCAGUCUUGCUCGAGGCAGUCACACUGCGCUGCGAGAUUGACACAAGUGGCCCAAUUUUGGAUAUUCCAAGACCGACAUACACCAAAAACAUGUCUCGAAGGUUUUCGGAUGCCGUCAACUCAAUUUCGCACCGUGGACGAAUGAAAUCGGUGUCGUUUGGAAAUCACUCAAGGAAACGCCGACAUUCCCAUCAGCCAAUGGGAAAUCGUGAAGUUGUGACGUCAGAGGAAUCAAAGAAGCUUCAUUCUUUGAAGCCACCAUUGGUUGAGAAGCGAAAGAUGAGACGCUUAUCCGAAAUGAUCUCAGAUUGGGAGCGACCAUCACGCAGCUCAAUCAGCAACAUGUAUUUAUAUGCAAGGCGUGAGAGCGUCUACAUUGCUCGCAAAAAAUUAGCUGGUCUAAAAGAUUGGGCUCUCAAUCUUCUCGCAAAACUCAAAUCGAAACAAGGAAUGGCAAUUCGCCGCGAGACUCGGGCAACGAAACUUGUGGCUACUGUGAUGGUCGUUUUCCUUGUUUGCUGGCUUCCAUUCUUCACCUUGAAUAUGAUUAAAAUUUACAAGUUGAUAUUCAAUGUUUGGUCGUCUGAUUUGGAAGUUUGGUUCCAUUGGUUUACUGCUUUGGGAUAUUUAAAUUCAUCGCUGAAUUUCUUCAUUUACUCAACGAUCAAUCCGAAAUUCCGCCAUUCUUUCCGUAAACUUCUUGGAUUCCGUCGCUCGUCUCGUCGCCAACGUGAAAAAUCCUGGAUGCUUCCGCCAAGAGAUAGCAGCCGUGGUCCGGCAAAAUGCGGUUGCGGUUUCCACAAAAUUGUAAAAAGUCCGUUGAGAAAAACGAGUAGUGCUGGACCAAUGAACAAUCGCAAAAUAUCGGUGCAGAAGCCAGAGAUCGUUAUUGAUGAAAUCUCUCCAAACCGAAUUUCAAUUUCAGCCGGCGGCAAUACUACUUUUAGAAGAUCAUCUGACGACUGCAUUAGGCGAUCGUCUUCUGAAAUUAUUGGCGGCAUCACACUUCCUUCAAGUAGUAGCAAUGACAAGCGAAGAGGUUCUGGCAUGUCUAAUAGCUCCGCAUCACUUCAUAUACACGAAACUCGUAUGACGUUUGAGGCAAUGGUCAGCGAUCAAGUCGACUGCGAAAUUUUUGUGUAA